AUGGCUGACAAGCACAGAUCAGGAGAUGGCUGCGGUGGUUCUCCAUCGGAUCUUCAGGUUUACACAGCCAGUGAAUUUACCGAGGAUGAGGAGGAGCAACAAGAGCAAACGCUGUGGCCCAGACCACUCGCUCAAAAAUGGACCCUGAUACUGUUUAUCGGCACCUGCCUCCUCUACUGUGCCAGGAUGGCCAUGCCAAUCUGCGUGGUCUCAUUGGCAGCCACUUUUCACUGGAGUAAGACUGAUUCUGGGCUGGUCCUGGGUGGAUUCUUCUGGGGUUACUGUUUCACACAGAUCCUGGGUGGGCAUACCAGUGACAAAGUGGGAGGAGAGCGUGUCCUGUUGGUCUCCACAGCCUUGUGGGCUUUGGCCACCGCUGGCACUCCUCUUCUGGCCCAGCUUGGCUGUCACACUGUUGCUCUCCUGACUCUGGCCAGAUUUCUUAUGGGGCUGUUGCAGGGUGUUUUUUUCCCAUCUUUGGCCAGCAUUUGCUCACAGCGUGUAGUGGAAGGGGAGAGAGGGUUUUUAAUGAGCACCAUGAACAGCGGUAGUCAUCUUGGAACAUUGUUAGCAGGUGGGAUGGGGUCCCUGUUGCUGGAUAGGUACGGCUGGGAGAGCAUGUUUUACGGGACUGGUUUGCUGUCUGCACUCUGGGCACUCAUUGUUUGGCAGUGUUUAUUAAAAGGUGAAUGGACUCCCAAGCAGCUGAAAACAAGUAAUGACUCACAGUGGAGUUUGUCUGGAAGGCGCUGGCUGGCUCUCCUUAAGAAGCCGUCUGUCUGGGCCAUGGUCUUUGCUCAUAUGUGCGCAAGCAGCACUUUUUACACUUUAUUGUCAUGGUUGCCGACAUAUUUCAAAGAAUCAUUUCCCCAUGCCACGGGAUGGGUGUACAAUGUAAUCCCAUGGCUUACUGCAAUCCCAUCAGCACUGGGUGGAGGAUAUGUUUCAGAUUUUCUCAUCAACAAAGGCUAUAAAGUAGCAUUUGUGAGAAAGAUAAUGCAGUUUUUUGCCAUGGGUGUGUCGAGUAUAUUUUACAUGCUUUUGUGUAGAACAGUGACAUUUACCUCCGCUGUGAUUUUCGUCUCUGCUGCCAUGGGUGUAUCCACUUUCACCAGCGGUGGUGUGUCUGUGAAUGUACAGGAUCUCACCCCGUCGUGUGCAGGCGCCCUAUUUGGUUUUAUGAAUAUGUUGGGUGCUUUAAUGGGACUGGUGGUGGUUCUUCUGGCAGGCUACCUGAUUGAGGUCACCCUGUCGUGGGCCACAGUCUUCUCCCUCGUCACUUUAGUAAACGCCACAGGUCUUGGGAUCUUCCUGAUCUUUGGAGAUGCUCGUCGUGUUGACCUGGAAGAUUACAGGCAGAUAAUUGUGAUUUGACUCCGAACUUUUGUUGCAAAACCCAGUCUGUAUCUGAUUGCAUGUAUCACACUGGGUGUUAAGAGUAAAGCUCCGUCCACGGUCAGUCAAAAAUCAUUUAAAUUAAUUUUGUUUUUCUGAAACUGACAGCUAAUUACACUGAAGCCAUGUUAUAUAGUAUGUCAUUGUUUGGACAUUCUGACAUUUUGUCAUUGUUUGGACAAGAG